AUGCCGCCGCCGAGUGCGUGCAAGCGCCACCCGCUCUACACCGAGUCUCCCGGCUCGUCGGCCGCCCUUGUGGCGAUGCUCGGCCGCGCUGCAGACCCGCAAACCUCCUUGAGCCGCUUGCGUAGAGCCGAGGCUCCACUUGCUGAGAGCCCCCAUUCUGAGUGCGUCGAGACCGGCGGCAAGCCGACCCUUGGCGCGGGCAGUCGCUGGUUCCACUACCGCAGCGCGACCAACCGGACCGAUCCCGGACCGAGCGAUCCCGGGUUUUGCGGAUUUGGCGGCCACAAACGAGAGAGACUGCUACAUUCCGUUGGCAUGCGCGGCGGCGUGUGGUCUGCGCAGAGCGGCAGCCACCACGGCGGCGUCCUUCCAUGCGGCGAGAUGCACCGGUACCGCCUGAGCCGCCACGACUACUGCUUUGCUCCGAGUCGAGAGUACCGCACCCCGCCGCCCGAGCAGACGGCCUGGCUUCGCGGCCUCACGCUGUGGGCCAGCGAGAAGCACACCUCCAACUUUAAUCACUUCAAUCGCGAUCUCCUCUUUGUGUCGCGCGCUCUUCGCCUGCACCGUGAGGGUGGUAAGGAGGUGGGCCUGCCGUCCUCGGCGAGGCUCGUAGUGCAGGACGACGAGCCACUCCAGGCGUGGUCGCUCGAGCAGCUCCGUGCCCUUGUGCCCCCCGAGCUCCGAGCCGAGACCCUCUGGGUGGUCGGAGGCACCCGCAAGAGCUCGCGCCGGGCGCAGGCGGCCAAGCUCGCCCUCUCCUCGGCGAGGCUUCCCGCCGCCCGUUUCGUGUGCUUUGAGGCGAUUGCCCAGAAGCUGCACGUCUACCCCGGCGACCGUGACGACGCCGCCGAGGUCCGCCGGAGAGCGCUCGCGCACUGCGGGCUCUCCCCAGGGGCGGCGAGGCACGUCCUGCUGGAGGAGCGAGUCGGCGGCUCGCGCAGACUGAACAACAGCGCGGCUCUGUCGCGCAUGCUCUCCCGGCUGGCGUCGCGGAUGGGACUGCCCCUCCGAAGGCUGAGCUUUUCCCGCUUGGGCUACUGCGAGCAGGUGCGUGUCGUGUCCGAGGCGGCGAUCUUCGUCGGAGUCCAUGGGCAAGGAAUGACCAACGCCAUCUUCAUUCCCCCGCAAUCCUUGGUUGUCGAGCUCUUCCACACCUCGCAAUCUGUUGCGGUGUCGACGUCGCGCGCUGGGCAGGACGCCGACGUCUACCUCGGCCACCAGCCGCUCGCAGUCGCGCGUGGCAUGCACUACCUGGCCGCAGCGGUGGCGACGGCGCCGUGCUCUUUCUCUGCUUGGAAGUUCGAUGCCGCGUGCCCGAGCCACAUCGACCUGUCGAGACUAUCCGCGGCGCUGUCCGAGUACGCAGCGCUCAUGGCGAGCCAUGUGCGCACCGUAGCAAUGCCACGCCCAGCAUGGGUCGACGCGGCGUUGGUGUGGAGGGACUCAUCAAUGAGCUCCGCACGUAAUCGUAAAAAGUGA